AUGGCGGAUGUUUUGAAGUCGCUGGUGACUCAAAGUUGUUUCAGCGUUUUACAGGACAGACUGGACAGAUGGCAAAGAGAGUAUCAUGUCAUCUCCUGUGACGAGAACAUGAAUCGGUGCUGUGAGAUGAUAGAAUUUACAGCCCAAAUCCAAGGACAACUUUUUGCUGUCCUUAACGCUGUAGCUGCUGAAGGUAAUCACACGGAGGGAGUGUCCACUCUCAAAACACGCCUGCUUCCAUGGCUGGGGGCUUGUUUUUCCUCAUCUACCACUGCCUGUAAAGACGGCGGUUAUCGGUUCCCGAAUUUGUCAGAGAGAGAUCGUAAGAUGACAGAGUCAAACACUGGCGACCUGAGCGACUUGCAAUGGAUGGAAUCACAGCUGUGCUCCACUCGACUGCAGCUGGACCUGGUCAAAGCUGAGCUGGAUGAUGCUCACAGGGAUCUGAACAAGACCAAGAACCAAACAGCCAACACUUUGAUGGCCACCGAGGAUGAACUACUACAACUAAAAGAAGAUCUGAGAGCAGCUCACUUACAAAAUGAGCUCUACAAGUCCAAACUGGAAUCUUAUAACGAUUUCGAGCGUCAGAUGUCCAGGUUGAAGGGCGAAGUGUCGUAUCUGAGCUCACAGAGGCUGGGCAGGAGCAGUAUGGAGAGGUCUCAAUCAGGUGUCUGUGGCGCCUCCACGCGUUCACAGUUUACCGCUUCCUCCCGCUUGCUGCGUGUGGUGUCUCGCUUCCAUGAACUGUACAAUGUGGAGCGCAAAGAGGCACAGUUGCAACUUCAGGGCUACUUGAACGACUUGGAGACAGUCCAGAGAAUCAUAUUCAUCGCCGUGGUGGAGUCCUUUAAGGCAGCGAAACUGGCUUACCGCCUUUUCAAGCUGCGUGCUCGCAAGACUCUCGCCUCUUGUCACUUGGGGCCUGAAAGUCUGGAAGACACCGUGAUGGACUACAUCGUCCGAAACCAGGACCUGUACGAUGUGCAAAACAGUGUCGACGAAGUACUCAGCACCAUGAACCUUAACCCUCGCAUUGCCUCCAUCCCAAAAGUCAAUUUUGCUGUGGCCUCUCCCUUGAUUAGGGAGGCGUGCAAGCUGGCCUUCACCAUGCAGACGUUGGACCCGCCCAUUGAUUUGGCAUUCGCGAGCAAUGGGGAACUUUACAUCAGCAACAAAUACCGUCGCAGCCCCGACUCAGACGCCUCGGCCCAGCUAGUAUUGUACCACGUAUGGCCCGCUCUGAUGCAGGGCGGUACUGUCCGCGCUAAGGGCGAAGUCGUGACCAAGAAAGGGGCCGUGUGGACCAGAAGUCCAUUCAGCUUCGUACGCUCCCGCUCUUUGAGUCCAGCUCGCAAUCUCGUAAGUGUGCACACGCCAAAAUACGAACCUUGA